AUGUAUCUCAGAUGUUUUGAUGCAAUGGUUCCUGUAUUUCUAUACAUGAACCGUUACCCUAUCGGGACGAAAUUCGCCCUGGUUGCCCACGAAGUAAUUAUGAACACCCAAGCGACCACUGUUGUCAUGGAAUUGGGCGUACGGCUAACGACAAUUUGCCUCCCUUCGGCUGACAUAACAAAGGUCGUGGAUCAUUCACCAAAAUGGAUACUCCUUACCGCUCAAGUACCGCUACCACUCAUUGUUGCUACACCCCUCUACUGUAUUUUCGAUUUUCAGUAUCGUCUUGAGGGUGCGGACGCCCCAGUACUUCUUACUGCUUAUGAUGUCUCCUAUGAUGCUGUAAGUAACAAUUUCCUACGUACUGAGCAGAUGGGAUAA